CAAGCCCGUCUCAUACACACACUGAAGCAUGCCUUGUGCGUCGUUAUCUCACGUUGAGGGCGGAUUUUUAUCAAUGACUGUCAUACAGCCCCUGUCCCUAUCGUUGUGGCACUAAUAAUCCCUCAUACAGCCUCGGACAGACGCUGUUUUCACGGAUUGGACCAUGUGUGUCUCCUCCCCUCUCCACGGCAGCUUUUACCGCAGCCUGCUGCAGAAUAACGAAACACUAUCACUGAGCAGAUGUUCAGACACCUGCUCCUCUGCAGCAUGUGCUACACAUCUCUUUCUGAAUAUCAGGCUAUAUUACCGCGCUUGUUAAACUGCCAAGAUUAUCGUCUUUGACCCAAAACUCCCUAAUAAUACAAUCCGGGAUGUGCAUUAAAAGCAAAACAUCCAAGAAGUGAGACUUCACCAGAGCUGCAGCGGAGUGACCCCCUCUUCAUCUCAACACCACAACAGCGACUGACGAUAACUUGAGCCCGCUUCUGUGCGCCCUGUGGCCGGCAUCACAGCAGCGAUGCCUCCCGGUGUUGUGACCGCGCCACGGAGCUCAUCAACCGGCUGCUUCUGCGCCUGCUGCAGGGCGGCGAUGAGACCGUAUUUCACCGAGAACUCCGUGAUCUCUCAAGGGGAAAUUUAUCAGCUCAUCAGUGAAAGUUUCCUGACUGUUAAAGGAGCUGCUCUGUUCUUACCUCGAGGAAAUGGCUCCUCUGCGUCGUCUGCCUCUCGCUUCUCACAGCUGCGCAGCAAACAUGCAGGGGACAUCCAGCAGCAUCUGCAAACCAUGUUUACUCUCCUCAGACCAGAGGACAACAUCAAACUGGCGGUUCGUUUAGAGAGCGUCCACACUCAGAUCACCCGCUACAUGGUGGUUGUCUCAACCAACGGUCGCCAAGACACUGAGGAGAGCGUGGUGCUGGGAAUGGAUUUUAGCCCUGUAGACAGCUCAUGUUCUGUAGGGCUGGUUCUGGCCUUAUGGAGCGACACGUUGAUACAUUUGGACGGAGAUGGGGGUUUCAGUGUGUCAACUGAUAACCGAAUUCAUGUCUUCAAGCCCGUUUCUGUGCAGGCCAUGUGGUCGGCCCUCCAAUCACUCCAUAAAGCGUGCGAGGUGGCUCGUUGUCACAAUUACUUCCCGGGCAGCUUGUUCCUCACCUGGGUCAGCUACUAUCAGAGCCGGGUCUGCUCCGACCAGGCCCGCAUCAACGAGUGGAACGCCAUGCAAGAUGUGCAGUCGCACCGCGCCGACUCGCCCGUGCUCUUCUCUGAUGCACCUACAGAACGAGAGCUGACUGAGCGUCAGAUCAAAUCCAGUUUGAGGGAGAUCAUGAUGCAAAAAGACCUGGAGAAUGUCACCUGCAAAGAGAUCCGAACAGAGCUGGAAAUGAACAUGACCUGCAACCUGCGAGAGUUCAAGGAGUACAUCGACAACGAGAUGAUUGUCAUCCUGGGACAGAUGGACAGUCCUACGGAGAUCUUUGACCACGUCUUCUUGGGAUCUGAGUGGAAUGCAUCCAAUUUGGAGGAGUUGCAGAACAGCAGGGUUCAGUACAUCCUGAAUGUAACCAGGGAGAUCGAUAAUUUCUUCCCUGGUGUGUUUGAGUACCACAACAUCCGUGUUUACGAUGAGGAGGCCACUGACCUGCUGGCUUAUUGGAACGACACCUACAAGUUCAUAUCGAGAGCCAAGAAAGCUGGAUCCAAGUGCCUGGUGCACUGUAAAAUGGGUGUGAGUCGCUCUGCAGCGACAGUGAUCGCGUACGCCAUGAAGGAGUACGGCUGGGAUCUGAAAAAGGCCUUCGAUUAUGUCAAGGAGCGUCGAGCUGUGACCAAACCCAACCCCUCGUUUAUGAGACAGCUGGAGGAAUAUCAGGGCAUACUGCUGGCCAGCAAGCAGAGGCACAACAAACUGUGGCGUUCUCACUCUGACAGCGACCUGUCGGAGCACCACGAGCCGCUGUCUAAAUCUCACGCCCAGCCACACAGCCUCGGCCGUUCCGACCCCCACAACCAGGCGGGCGGUGCACAGGGCCCCUCUGUGAAAGAGCUGCUGGAUUCCCUGGGAACCUCGACCAUCACUGGAAAAACAACUCACUCCACGAGCCAGCCCGACACCGGCAUCCACUCCAAUCAGCUCAGCUCCUCAUCCUUUGAGGGGUCGGCAGCUCGAAGCAUGGAGGCCCCUCGUCGUUCUGCUGAAGUCCAGAUCAGCCAGCUGGACCCCCCCUGUCCUGAGUCCACAGCUGGCUCUGUGACUCCGUUAUCUCCUCCCCUCUCUAACGGCGUGUGUGACUCCGAGGAGCCGACAUCGUCGCCUCCUCUCUCCCAGCCAACAGCCGCCACGUUGGUGCCAGAGCCUCAAAAGUCAGACAUGGUGACUGUUGCACAGAGUGUUUCCGUGGGCCAGCCUCUCCCGCCUCCCUCCUUCCACCACCUCCCCCUCUCCUCAGCUCCAUCCCAGACUCCAGCCUGCACAGGAGAGCUUAUCAAGCCGCAGGUGACAUCCUGCUCUCUGCCCGUGAAGAAGCUGAUGCUCGUGUCAGUGCCUGAGCCUGCGGCAACACAAACACCAAGCACACCACAGGCCGGACCCCAGUCUCUGUCUGCACCAGUGCCUGUCCCAAAAACAGACUGUGACCAACAGAUGUGCAGCUUGUCUCUGAAUGGCUUAGCAGCACAUCCUCACUCCACUAGUGAUUUUAUCAGCUACCCCAGUGCCAUUCCACAGAGCAGUGAGGUGCUCUUCGGCCACAGCGCGGAUCACAUUAACUUUUUCAGUGCCAGAGAAAAGUUCAAGGGAAUGAGUCAGGACGGUAAAAGUCACUGUGCUGCAGUGCAGCAGGCAGCUGUGCUGAAGAGCUGCGGCAAGGAACAACAACAACCACCACUGCCUCAGGAGAUCCUCACCGGAGAGGGGAAGGAGGAGGAGAAGAGACGGGAACUGAGCGUCCCUGUGCAGGUAACAGGACUGAAGCCUCAGGUCUCUCAGGACCAGGAAGUGAAGAAGUCUCAGCAGGAAAUGGAGGAUGGAGAGGUUUUAUCACAGAAGGAAGCUGAGAAUGUGAAAGAGGAAGUGAAAAACAAAGAAGAGGAGGAGUCUGCUUCUGCUGGCCUAUACAGCGACUGGACCAGAGGGUCGGUGCGGCGCGUCACCAGACAGCUGGAGCAAAGAAUGAAACAGGAGCACGAGACUCCGUCACCCUCCUCCUCUCCGCCGUCCCUCUCCGGCAGCUCCUCCUCCGGCCCUCAGCUACGCCCGCACAGCGCCCACGCUGUCAUGAUGUCGACUUCGCAGAGUGCGGCAGCUGACUCGCGGGCGUCAGACGUGGGCACCGUGCAGGAGGAGGGCGAUGAUGCGUUUGGAGACGUUAAAACGGAGAGUGGUGAGGAAGUCGAGAUGGCGGCAGUAGGAAAUAAUGACAGAAGCACGAAAGGACUCAAACCUGCUGACACCAGAUUGCUCUCUACCUCUUCUUUCCACCGCUCUGCCCACUCUCCCUUUGCCUCUGUCAACUUCCUGUGUCUGGAGGGUGUGACUGAGCUGGAGUCCGGCACGGACUGGGACUUCUCCAUGGAGGGACCUCACGGGGACAUUGUCAUGAGGGAGACGUGGGAGACUUUGUGCGAACUGGGUGCCUUCCUGCAGCAGGUGAGCAUGGACGGAGCCGGCAAGGCCCAGUGCGUUGACCAGGUCUUCGGCCUCAGUGCGGGAACCACUCAGAAGAGAGGCAGCAGCAUCCAGAAGAGGGUCAGAGAGGUGGAGGCGAGGAUUCGCCAGGCGGGGCUGACCCCUCCAUCCCUGAUGAAGCGCUCGGCCUCUCUUGCCAAACUGGGCUGUCUGGAGCUGCUCGCCAACGACCUGAACGAGUGGGAGCUCAGACGCUCCUCUGUAGCUCUGUCAUCCGCACAGCCUCCAGUCCACACAGCCAGCGACGAGUCCAAGAAGCAGCGGGUCCACAACUCUCCUCCCUCUGCCUGCCAGCAGCCAGAAGUCCUCAGGACUGGUGCCGAAAGGCUUUCUGAAGCUGGAAAAACAUCACAGAAAGUCGUUUUACCAUCCAGUCCACAGAAAGGAGAACUCCCGGAGCAGGAUUCUCUGAUGUCCACAAGGCAACAAUAUGGAAGGACUCACCCCCUGAGGCGGCUGAAAAAAAGAACUGCUAGUACCCUUUACCACACCAUGUAACCCUCACUGUGUGUCUGUGUGUGUGUUUGUGUGUGUGAGAGAGAGAGCGAGAGGGAUCAUGCACACCUGUGAGAAAUGGAAAUCAAGUGCAUAAUGUUGCAAAACAACCCAAUGCCUCUUGCCUUAAAGGACAUGUUAACAAGUUUCUGUACAUUUUUCCUGCAGUUCAGCUGAGAGUUCAUCUCUGUGAAAUCAGAGAUAUGAGAAAAGUGACAAGGCUAUGAAGGGUCCGGUCAAUUACACUAAAAUAUCAGUCAAAUUGGUAGAAGUGCUGUGUCAAAAUCAGCAAAAACAAUCAUCCAAAUAUGAAUAUACCUGAGCCUGCACGUAUUCACUCCUCGCGUCGUUGCUGGAUCCUCCAUCGUGAACUUGAUAUUUACUUCCAAUCGCUGUUGGUUCAUUGAAUAAUCCGACCUCGUUAUAGGUGGAAUGCAGCUUCUGUUUUUCCUCUUCUUAUGCUUUCAUGUCUCUUCAUCAGUUUUUACUUGUUGUGCCGCUAAGCUACUG